AUGAUAUAUUUAACUUCUCUCUAUCUUUUAAAUUCAGUAUUGGGACAACUAACUUAUGAUUCUGGAUUAUUUUCUGGAUUUAGUUCAUCUUGUGCUAAUGGACGAAUAGAAACUAAGACUAUUUCAUUUCAUGGAAUAUUUGAUAAUAUUCCUUAAGUUAUAUUGGGGCUUGAACAUCUUGAUAUGUAUUUUGGAGCAGAUUUUAGAAUUCAGACUCAAAACAUUAAAAAGAAUAGUUUUGACUUGCAAAUUGAAUGUUUAACAAGUACUACCUUAUGGACAAUAAAGUAUUAUUGGUAUGCAAUCGAUGAUAGCAGAAUCUAAGUCAUAAAUAACUUUAAUAUGGUGAAUGUAAAUGAUAAAACAUUCGAUCACUUGAAUCCAAAUGCUAAUUAUGGGAUAUUGUCUUUCAUCAGCAUGGGAGUGACAGGGAACGUUGAUUUUAAGUUGUCAAUAACUUCAAUUACUCCAUCUUAGGUUUCAGUGGGCAUCACUAAAGUCGCUGGAAAAUUUACAAACUUAAACCAAAUUGGAUAUUAAAUUAUAUUGGGGAUUCAAGAAGCAUUCUAUGACACAAAAAUACUAAAACAUACAAGUGAUUAUGAUAGUGGAACUGUUACUUAGCAAUAAGAUAGAUGGCUAUUUUUGGCUUAUAAUGGACUACAAUUAAGUUCAAGUUUCAGACAAAAAUCUAUUCGUACAUAAGUUUCCAAAUCCUACACAGUUGAGACAUGGUACGGUACCUACGUUGUGAAUUAUCACUUGAGUAGUUGGGUAGCCUAUCAAUAUACAACCGAAUUUAAGGCCUUUUUGUGUUUCACUUUAAGAAUAUCUUAAUCUCUUGACAUGGAAGUAUCCUAAAAACCUUCUAUAUUUGUUGAAAUCAGUGAAUUAAAUUAAUCAUUCUAAUCAUCAUCAUACUUAUUACUUGAGAAAACAGUAAGCCUUUUAAGUUUCAAAAUAUAUAUGAAAUGCGUUAAAACAAAGACAAUUGUUAGUCAAUUUCUUAAAUGUUAGAAUUGCUCAACCAGUAACAAAUUUUACUUAUUCUCGCAUUAUUGCCAUGGUUAAAUUGAUGCAGUUACAUAUUUUCCAAAAUUUUAAUUGAUUGAGUCUUCAUAUAAAGAAUUAAACAUUAAUUUUUUAGUUGACAGGCUAACAAUUACUUAAACCUUAUUUAAUUAAAUUCAAUCUAUAGAAACACUUGUGGAAAUAAAAUUUAAAGUUUGA